AUGUGUAAGAAUUCUCCAUUCUUGAAGAAGUCUGCAACACCACUAAACCCUAGUGCCCAAGAAUGGCGCCCACCUAAACUCAACCGCUUUCCCGCCCCUCACAAGCUGCUUUGCCAAUGGCAAUGGCCUCUUCCCUACCAUCCCAUGCCUUACCUUCACAUCGUCUACCACUCUACUCCCUUCUCUUUUCCGCCGCCGCCGCCGCUUCCCCUCCACGGCGAGGAGAAGGUGGAGACUCCGAUCAUUGAAGGCGGAUCAAAAUUAGUUGUGCCGGAAAAGUUGAGAGCGCCGCCGCGACGGUGGGAGUGGAAGCCGAGGAAGGCAGUGGGUGGCGCCGCCGCCUCACCUAUGAUUGAAGAGGUUUCAUACUCAUCAAGAACGACAGUUAUGGUGAAAAACAUUCCAAAUCAAAUAAGGAGGGACUUCAUGAUGGAAUUUCUGGAUAGCUACUGCAAUGCACACUCAUUGGAGUACGAUUUCAUGUAUCUGCCUAUGGAUUUCAGGUCCAAGGACAAUUUAGGGUAUGCAUUUGUGAACUUCACAAAUGGUAGAAAUGCUUCGAAAUUCAGGAAAAUAGUUGACGGAUACAAGUGGGGAACUAUAGAAACGGCAAAGGGCUUCUACAACUCCAAGAAAAUCUGUGCCAUUACAUGGGCAAGAAUUCAGGGGAAAGAGAAGCUCGUGAAAAGAUUCGAGAACAGCAUCUUUGGCUGCGACGACCCUGACUUUUUGCCGGUGGUGUUCCAUCCACCGCGUGGUGGAUCGAACACCACUUCUCCGGUGGUCGUCGGAAUGACGAUGAAAAUGUUGGAUGAUUUGGUUAAGUAG